AUGUGGCAAUCCCUUGAUCUUCUUCGGACAGCGUUUAUUGAAGAGAUUGUUAUCUACGGCGCGCAUUCAGUCAUCAAGAUUACCUUCCUUUUGUUCUACCUACGGCUCUCUGUCGACCUGGUGUUUCGCAGCCUAGUUUAUCUUGGCUUUGCACUCGCAUUUUCCGUCUUUAUAUCUAGUCUGCUUGUGACAGUCUUGCAAUGCGUACCUUUUGAGAAAAUCCUCAAUCCAAUGUUGCAUCCCGAGGUUACUUGCAUCGACAUGCGUACUAUCAUGCUCACUCCACCUAUUCUUAACAUCUUUAUGGACUUCUAUAUCAUCUGCCUCCCGAUACCCUCCGUUCUGUCGCUCCGGAUGAACUUACGUCGCAAAGUCACUGUCAUCUCCGUUCUCGCCUUUGGCAUAAUCUCCGUCACUGUCGCGAUCCUCCGCCUACCAGUCCUUAUAUCGGUGUCCUCGAUGAAGACAGAUGCCUCGAUAGAUGUAGGGAAGAUGAUCAUUGUUGCAUCGUUCGAGGUCCAAUGUGCCAUUGUUGCGGCUAACCUGCCUGCGAUGAAAGCACUUUGGACUAAGGUCAGAGGUAAAUACAGCUCAGCCGGCAGUAAUGAGCCAUCCUUGGAAAAACCAUACUCCCUCUCUUUUAUACGUAGAGGCAAGCGGGGCGAGCGAAACAAGCACUCUUCUAUGGGAUCCAUUACGAGGCUGGAGAAUGGUCUUACCACUAACGAGUCGCAAGAAGAGCUCGUCGAAGGCAAAGUCAAACAACAAGGAUUAGCAACAGGUGAGAUUGAGGAGCUGCAUUUCACCAACUCAGGAGGUUUGCGACAGCAGCCGACCGUCACUAUGACUGAUGUAUAUGCGCAAGGCUCACCUAACAUGGCACUACAACAAGCAAGUUGCUCCGGAAAUUUACAAUAG